CAUGAUCGACGAUAACAUUACUGCGGACGAAAGCGACAACAACCUCUUCGAUGGAGGAAUAAAAUUCUUAAAGAGUAACGAAACCAACUCGUUCCACAGCAUAGAACCGGUUGUUGCAAGUGACGACGAGGAUGCGGAAGAGAAGGAUGAUCAGGAUAAAGCGGGAGGGGCUGGCGAUGUGCAGGAAGCCGGGGGACACAGCACAUGCACACCCCUAGGCGAGAAAUUAAAAGAGGGGCAACACUCCUUCCUAACGCAAACCACUGUAGAUAAUUCUACACCCAGCGACAACCAACUUAGCGAAUAUAAAAAUAUAAUUCUUACGUUAAAAAAAUUUAAUGACAGCGUUGACUCUGCAUUUGAUUGUAACAUUGUCAACCUGUUUGUGGAAGAACAGGGAAGGCAAAGAAUCGUAAAAGAAGAGCGCCAGAAGGAACAGAAAAAAAUAGCCAAACUGGGAACAGGAAAAAAAAAAAUAACACCACUGCGGGAACAAUUGGAAAAAAAAAAGAAAAAAAUAUUAAAUGCCCUACUACCACUUGAAAGUUGUAAGGUUUGUGUAAAAAGGUGCAACACUAGGGAAGAACGAAUCGGGCAACUGCCAGGUAAAUAUAGAUCAGUUGGGGGUGUAGAGCAAUUCUCCGGAGAGGUCGUACUACCCAGGGCGCGCUGCGUAAGUGGACGGCGCCAUCAUGAUUGGAACGGUAGCCUGGAAGGGAAAAAAUCGGAAGAAGCGGAAGAAGGAGAAGUAAAAACACAGCCAACACGCAAUUCGCUACAUCGAAAGGGAGAACACAGCGAAGGAAACGAAAGGGUACACAACGGAGGGGGUCACCUUCUAAGCGGCAGUCACUUUAUCCACAGAAGUGACAACUGUAGAGGGAGCAGUCCGUCGUGCACACAAGGCUUCAAUUCAAUUACGUGCAGCAUGACAAAUAGUGCGGGUGGUAGCAGCACCGCACAGGGGGGGAUCGAAGCGGCCGUCGAAGUGGCCAUAGAAGUGGCCAUCGACGCGCUUGACCAAGUUAGCCAACAUGCAGGAUCAGAUGGUGGAGGAGAGGGGAAGACGCCCUCCAGUGAAGACGCCGACCCUGACACGUUCGUAGGAAUGAAUGGAGAAAUAUUCGGGGGGAAAAAAAAACUGAGUGAUGAGGAUGGUAGCCAAAGUGGUUUCCCAAAUGGUCAUGUCGAAAGGAAAAGCAUAAAGAAGAGUGCUCCAUUUUUACAGUCACCAUCUUACCACCACAUUUCGGAGAACUACUUUGCUGUGUAUUCAAGUAAGGAAGGCGAAGAGGGAUGCCACAUGGGGGGAGAAAAAUCAGUUAAGUUAGAAGACAACCUUGAAGACCGUGCUGAACUCAGUGAAGGGAGGAGCACCCCAUUCUGUGUACCUCCCAAUUGUCUAGAUAAAAGGCAGGAUGGGGAAGAGUUUCCCUUUUUGUGUUAUUAUGGAUGCGGAAAUGACGCUCUUCAGCAUCGGUCGAGAGGGAGAAAGUGGAGUGCACAAAGCGAGAAAACGGUGGAGAAGCGAAUAACCAUCCGUGGGAGGGGGAAUAGUGUACCAGGUGAGUGCACAUCCAGGAGGAGGGUUCCCUCAGGCACAGAUAUAACGAACACAGAAAACGUGCAAAAGGAAGAAAUGGUGGAAGGAAAGGAGCAGAGUGAAAAUCCGCGUUACCAUUGGAGCAGGAGGAAUCAUCCUAGUGGUUGCGUUACUAAUGAGAGGGUAUUGCCAAAGUUUAAGUCGCUUAGUAAUGGGAUUGAGGAGACGCACACUGAUGGGUUGCAUUUUAUGAACGCAUCGAUAAGUCAAGGUGUAUACCUGCGUGAAAGUAGUGCAAGGAAGGAGCAAUGCUACGUGGGUAAAUCACAGGGUGGAGUUUUAAACCCAUGGGGGGAUGCAAGAAGUGACCAGGUUGUACAUCCAUGUGAAGACGAUGGAGAAGAUUACACCAAAGAGGGAGUAGAAAGAAUCCCCUUUUUGUCAUCCUCCGCAGGGAUGUAUAACCGAGACGAUGUGAAGAAGGGUGACCUUUUCGUUACCGGUAAUUGUGAUCAGUUAGUCCCCCCCUUUAAAGGCCUAAAGGUUAACUAUCGCAGUUCACGGGACAUAUCCCCGGGGGGAAGCGACGAGUACAAACAGCACUGCCAACAAGAGAUGAAUCCCCAAGAGGAGGAACCCACCAAAGGAUGCCGCAACUUCCACACCGAGAAGGACAUCUUCUUCGAAGCGAUAAAAAACAUCAUACGGAUUAUGAAGGAAAUAAAAAAAAUAAAAACGAAUUUGAAAAUUGAGAGGAACUACUCCCUACUUAUUCAAGACAAAAAAAAAAAAAACGAAUUGGAAAAACUCAUCGACUAUUUAACAUACCAAAAGGAGGUGAGAAAAAAAUUGAAAAAACAUUACUUCGAUAAGAUAAACAAGGGUCUGUUUACAUUUCUUCUGAGGAGCAACCGUGUUAAUUUCUUCUUUACAGAGGAGGAGGUAAAAUUGCUAAAACGAUGGAAUGAAAUAAAAUACACAAAGAUGAGUAGUAGUUCUGGAGGGAACACCGAGGGGGAGGGCGAUAACUGUAGGACGACCUGCUUGGGGGAGAGUGCUGCUUACGUGAAGGGGGGAUCACCGUACAGGAGAAAAAUCCUUCACGAGUUGAGGCAUUUAAAUAAGGUCAUUGGGCAGAAGGGCUGCACGCAGGAAGAAGACAACCGGCAGGAUGAAUCGUUGUGGAUAAACGGGAGGGAUGAAUCGUUGUGGAUGAAUUGGGGUGACCCCCCAGGGGAAGCGCCCAUCCGUAAUGGCAGACAAAGGAAGAACAAAAAUGUGAAGAACACCCUCCGAAGCGGCUACCUGGCCAGCACCACGACACGCCCCAUUUGGUACGAAUCAUAUUUUACACAUUGCAAAAAAAGCCAGAAAAAUCUAUUUAACAUUUUUUUAUGUUUGAAAAAUGUGAAAAGGAAAUGCGUCUCACAAAAGUUUAAAAGGAAAAUAAAAAAUGGGCAAAUAUAUUUGUCGAAGAUUUACGAUGGAGGGAAGAUGUUAGGCCAUGUGAAGUACAUUUUUGAGGAGUUGUUAAGGAGGAAUUUACCCGAGAUUGUCUGCCUACACAUUAAUGAUUGCUUCGUUGACGCUACGAUUUCGUUCUUUAUUUCGCUACUUUUGCUUCUUUUUAAAAAUGUGAAUACGAUUAAGGUUAUACGAUGUCAGAUUUAUUAUUCAUACUUGGGUGUUUUUUUGUCUUAUCAGAAAAGGAACAACCUGAGAAGCAUGCACUUUGUGUGCAACAGUAUUUUUUGGACGAGGCCUCCAGAUUUUAGGAACUUACGCGGGGAAAUGCACUCCACCAGACAACAGGACAGCUUCCUCCUCUACUUUAACACCAAUUAUGUGAAGAAGCGGAAGAGGAAGGGGCUAUCCAACAAGCGGGGGGAUGCCACAACGACGCAGCAAUGUGCACGCGAAGGUUCGAGAGGAACUAGUUUGAAAAGCAUCUUCCAGGGGAGAGCUUCCCCCUCAAAUGGUGCUGCCACUGGGGAUUAUAGGAUAGUCGUGAAGAGGAAGAAAAAAGUUGCCCGUUUUGGGGUGGACGAGUUUUAUGACUGCUUCGUCUUGGGGAAGGAAGCAAAAGUGCCGUGCGAAACAAAUGUGUUAAAGCAGCUAAAUGGAUUGGAGGAACCAAAUGGUGUGGAUAACGAAAGGAUCACGCUAAACAACUUAACGAACGGGUUGGACAGCCCAGCCAAUGCGUAUAACAUCCACAGCGGCUCCGGCAGCGACGAGAACACAUCGGAAGAUUCCCUAAAAGAGGAACUGCACGAAUGCCUCUGUACAUUCCCAAGAAAAAGAAUACAACAAGCGAAUUUUUCCAUGCUAAAAAAAUUAAAGUUAUGCUCAAAUAAAUUAAAUGAUGAUGCCCUCAUGUAUAUAUGCACACUUAUCAAAAAGGACAAAUUAAAAAAUUUAAAAGUACUCGAUUUGAGGUGGAACAAUUUUACCUACAGAAGCUUACUAGCCCUCUCACUAGCAUUAACAAACACGACUGUGUGUGAAGGAUCAGAGAAGAUACACUGGAAAAAGAGAAAGCUACACAAACUUCUACUCUCCGGAAAUAACAUAAAAAGCUCCCUCUACUCUUCCUUCCUCUCAAGUUUCUGCACAUGUAAUUUUAUUGUCGUAAAAAAAUUGGACUUUUCCAUGAACGUAAUUGAUAACGACUCUUUCGCAAUCACGUUGAAGUAUUUCAAGCACAUUUUUCAGCUACAAAAGAGGAAGCAAAAAAAGAACAACAUUGGGGACGUCUUCAUAAACCUCGAUCACAAUAAUUUGAAAAAUUCUCCCUACAUUAACAAAUUGGCACAGCUUCUGAACAGAUUUCCCUCCAAGGUGUGCAAAUCAAAUAGUGGGAACCAAACCCCCGCGAAAGAAGGAAGCUCAGUUGGGGAAGAAUCUCGACAAGGAGUACUACUCAGUUUGCAAUAUAAUAAUAUAAAAAGAGGUACCUGGGGUGAAGAUCCCACGUGGGGUGGGUCUACAUCACGGAUUAAGUUC